UGAUUGGCUGCGGCUCUCUUGGCCAUUACGUUAUGCUUACUCCACACACACACAGGCAGCUGGAGAGAGGGAAGACGUAAUGGUUUGAUUCCCUGUGCAUUUGCAAUGGUCGUCGUUCUGACAUUACUCGGCAAAUUCCUCAAACGGGAGGUGCAAUGAAGGCCGGAGCAUCGUCCAUGUGGGCGUCAUGCUGUGGGCUGCUAAACGAGGUGAUGGGCACGGGCACGGUGCGGACGCAGCAGCCGGGGUUCGGAGCAGGGGCGGGGCCCUUCCGCUUCGCCCCCAGCGCUGGGUACUCCACCUACCCCCCCACCAGCUCAGGGAGCGCCGGGCAGCUGUGCAAGGCCUGCGGACUGGCCUUCUCCGUCUUCAGACGCAAGCACAUCUGCUGUGAUUGUAAGAAGAGUUUCUGCGCCCUGUGCUCGGUGCUGCAGGAGGACCUGCGCUGCUGCAUGACCUGCCACCUGCUGCGUGGCACGGCCUUCCAGAGGCCCCGGCUCAUGCAGCUUCGAGUGAAAGACCUGCGGCAGUACCUGCUGCUGCGCAACAUCCCCACCGACACAUGCAGGGAGAAAGAGGACCUGGUUGACUUGGUGCUCUGUCAUCAGGGGACAAGGGAAACCCCGAGACCAGUGGUGGAAGAGGACGAGGAGGAAGGGGACGAGGAAGAAGAGGAGGAAGAUGGAGAGGACACACAUGAGGAGGAAGAGGAUGAGGAGGAAGAUGAAGAGGGCGAUGACACAGACAGUCUGCACUCGCUCCCCCACUCGCUUGCCGCCUCGCCCCCCCCUGCCACGCGCUCUGCCUCCGAACAGUCGGUCCUCUCCGCCUCUCAGGGAGACGUGCUCAGCCCAAGUGACAGCUCAGGGACCACCAGCCAGGAGCAGGAGGAUACUCCAACUGCUUCUCUCUUGAACCUGGAGCCCACUGAACAUUUUGUGGAGGUCAGUCCGGCGACGCAGCGGAGGAUCAGAGCCUCGCUGUCUGAUCUGGACAAUGAAGAGGCGAUAGAAAACCUCUCGGUCCGCCAGCUGAAAGAGAUUCUCGCCAGGAACUUUGUCAAUUACUAUGGCUGCUGCGAGAAGUGGGAGCUGCUGGAGCGAGUGCAUCGACUCUACAGAGAAAAUGAGCAGAACAGGAAAUCCAUGGAAAACGUGAGCAUAACUGCAGUGGUUGCAUAUCCUCCCCCUCUCUGCAACAGUGGAGUUGGAGAUGGUGUCAAAGCUCAGCUGGCGGCUGAUGACAACUUGUGUCGCAUAUGCAUGGACGCCAUCAUCGACUGCGUGCUGCUGGAAUGUGGUCACAUGGUUACCUGCACCAAAUGUGGAAAGAGGAUGAGCGAGUGCCCCAUCUGCAGGCAGUACGUAGUGCGAGCUGUUCACGUCUUCAAGUCUUAAAACUCUGUGUGUGUGUGUGUGUGCGCGCGUGUGUGUGUGUGUCUAUGUAUGUGUGUGUGUGUGUUUGUCAGAGUGGCCCUCAGGCGUGCAUGCAGCCCGAGCCCUAAACUUAUCACUGAGGAUGAACUGUUGCGCAUGACGUCUCGCAGGGCCUUAUGCUGCAGCAGGCACGAGUAACUUCCUGGUCUAUGAAACCAGACUGUUGCCUCUGGCCUACCACCAUUUGUUGUCCCCUCUCCCUUACUAACUCAUGUUCCAGUCCCACUUCUCCUCUCUGGUGGACCGUCAUCAGCUGCACCGGGCCACUCACUCUUUGUCUGUUUGGUCAGUAAAACACAGCAGAGCAGAAAUCCAGAAAUCCAUGCCAUCCUUUUCUACUCUCUAUUCUCCAUUUAGAUUUUACUCACAGGAGAAGAGAGAAGGUAGUCACAUUGAAACUUAAAGUGGAUCGGGUUGUUCUGUGUGGUCAAGAGAAGAAGAAAAAUAUAAGAUUGCAGGGGUAGAGUCAAUAUGGUUUACACAGUCAUGCCACAUGACGCUGUGUUAUCUCCCUGAGUGUUCUUUUAGGAUGUGCAAUAUCAGAAAAAAAAGAGAUUUACAUGUGUUUUAUUAAGCAUCUGUUUGUUAAUCCGAACACCACAUGCACCGGGUCAUCUCGUGUCACACACAGGAGGGUGCAAGGUGCCAAACGCCAUGCCUUUUGAUCAAUAUUUGUUUAGGAUCAAUAUUUGUUUAGGAUUUCACUGUAUAUGCAUCUCAUAACCAGCAAGCUCGGUGUGAUGGUUUACUCUUUUGUUUCUCAAAGGAACUUUAGGAAAUAAAGUUUGAAGAAGUAAACAUUUUUUUAACACAUGCUGUGUGAAGGAUGUGAUUGUUUCCUCAUUUAGAAUUUAAGUACACAGAUGUGAUUUCUGCCGAAGACACAAACAGGUAAAACUGCUGCUUGAUCACACCAUGUGCUGCACUACAUUCCUGCUAUUGAGCGUGAAGGAUCAUUCGUCACCUUUGAAACAGCAGCUGACAACAAAAAGUAAAAUUGAAUUCAAGGCCCAAUUACUAGCUUUAUCCUGGGCUUUCAAAUGUGAUGGCUUCAUCAGCAGAGGUUUGCUCAGUGUCAUGGAGACGGGUCAGCUUCUGGGACUGGUGGUCGUAUAUGAUGGGGCGUUCCUGUGAAUGGCAUCAUCAUUCUCCCGAAGAAGAGCGAGGAAGGAGAUAGGAAAAAGCUAAUUAGUGGGCCUUGAGUUAAGCUUUUUUGUACUAUUUUUAUCAAAGACUCAUCCCUCUUUAAUUUUGAAUAACUGCCACCAAGCAAUAGCAUUUAGUUUCCAAGUCUACCAAGUGUCUUGCUUUGAUUGUGUUGUCUGGUAAUGUGUCGAAUCUUAGGUGACAGGUGCUACUUCCUCUUUUCCGAGUGUAACAUCCACAUACCUGUUGUCAUAUUGUCAAGGUGUCCUUCCAAAUAUCCAUCACAAAGUGAGAGGUAGAGGAAGCCUGGUUUACUUUAACCUGUUAUGCAAUGAAACAUAGUUUUCUUGUCACGAGACCCAGUUAACUCAGAUGUCACUAAAAUAUCUGUGUGUACAGUAUGCCUGUGGUACAUUUAAAAAGAAAAAGAAAAAAAGAAGCUGAAUUGCUGUUAAGUGAAUCGCAUAAAUAGCUUAUAUUGUUGUUUACCGAUAAGUCAUUAAAUGUUUAUUUUUCCAUUUACUUGGCAGACGACAUGAUUUAAAAUUAUGAUAAGCCGCAUACCGUUUUUCAGAAUGUAUCUCAGCUGGUUUUGGUCAGACGAGUUCCUCAGUCCUCUGAUCGUGUCACUCGUUCACCAUUAUUAAAGUUGCGUCAGUCAUGGUCUCGCUUUCGAGCACUUUUUGUUGUUGUCCUAUUCAGAUCAAGUACCGACACUGACACCAUGCACUGUAACAAACACUGUAACUCUGUAAGUCUGUUUGUUGAUGCUGCUGUUUCUCAAAGAUGUCAUUCAUGGGCAGCUACAGUAUUAUCAGAGUAGAAGGUUAUCAUGAGCACUCAUAAUCCUGGAUCUUUAUAUAUUGGAAUGUUGAACCUUUUUAUUUUGGUAAACAAGAGAAAAUGAUUUAUUAGAUUCAAUAAAAUGCAGUACUACAAACCA